UGAAGUAGGUUAAAAACUUUUAGACGCGCUUCGAGGUAAUAAGAUAUAAAUUAAACAGAACACGUUUACUUUAGCAAUAGCUCUGUACGUUUUACGAGUAUCUCAGACAUAACAUUUUCUCGGAAAUAAAAUGGAUUUCGGUCACGGUUGAAAACAAAGUUAAGUUUGUAAAAUAACAGAGCGCACUGUUUGUUUCUGUACCUAUUACUUUAGUAGCUUAAAUAAUUGUCAUUUCGUACAGUACCUUACACUAAGUUGAAGAUUACUGUCUUUGUUUUAGUUAUUUAACUUUAUAAACAGAACUCUAAUAGUUUUGUUUUAAAGUUGUAUUCCUGUUCAUCGCCAGGUAUUUUGGUACAAAUGUUGUGGCCGGUUAUUUAUUUAUUAGCACUAGUUUUUGCGUAUUGGCCAUACUGGAGAUGGAAGAAUCGAAGGCUGCUCCGAUUGAGUGCUUCGAUGCCAGGACCAAGAGCUCUGCCGAUUAUUGGAAAUGGAUUAUUGAUUGUCGUUAACACAGGAGAGAAAUUUCUAGAACUGGUCGAACAGCUAUUCAGGACUUACGGGGAUUAUUGCAAGAUCUGGUUGGGACCUGAACUAAACAUUUGUGUCAAAAAUCCCGAUGACAUACGGCUCCUAUUAACUAGUAAUAAAGUGAAUCAGAAAGGUCCAGCCUAUGAGAUCAUGAAGGCUGCGAUUGGGCCGGGAAUACUUACUGGAGGUCCAACAUGGAGAAAUCAUCGUAAAAUUGUCACACCGUCAUACAAUAAGCGGGCCGUGAAACUGUAUUCAGCUGUUUUUAACAGAGAAGCGGAAGUCUUGGCUAAUUUGCUUCUAAAAAAGCAAAGCGGCGUCACAUUCAACGUUUAUUAUGAUGUCGUUGAGAUCACAACGCAAUGCGUUUGUCAAACAUUGAUUGGCCUCUCCAAGGAUGAUUCACGAAACGUGGACGGAAUGAGUGACCUUAUAUUGGAAACGCAGAAUCUCUACGAAUUAUUAUUCACGAAGAUGACUGUGUGGUGGCUACAAAUUCCCUUCGUCUACUGGAUAACGGGAAGAAAAGCGACAGAGAAUGCUUACGUUAAGAAAAUAGACAGAUUAACUUCGGAUUUCUUGAAGAAGAGACGUACAGCUUUGAAGGGAGGUAAUGUUGAUGAAGAGUCAAUGGGUAUAGUCGAUAGAUACAUUGCAUCCGGUGAGCUGACAGAACAAGAAAUCAAAUGGGAGACGAUGACUUUGUUUACAACGAGUCAAGAAGCUUCUGCAAAAAUAACAUCAGCUGUAUUGUUAUUUUUGGCGCACCUUCCUGACUGGCAGGAGAAAGUUUACAAGGAAAUUGUCGAAGUAAUCGGUUCAGGACGAAAUGAUGUUACAGCGGAACAUUUAAAGCAUCUACAUUAUUUAGAUAUGGUGUAUCAAGAGGCACUGAGGUAUCUGUCAAUAGCAGCUCUGAUACAAAGAACUGUGGAGGAAGAAAUUACAAUUAACAAUGGAAAAUUCACGCUUCCAAUCGGUACGACAUUAGUGAUACCAAUACACGACCUCCACAGAGACCCGAGGUAUUGGGACGAGCCUUUGAAAGUUAAACCAGAGAGAUUCCUCCCUGAAAAUGUUAAGAAGAGGAGCCCUAAUGUUUUUAUUCCGUUCAGUUUAGGGGCGAUGGACUGCUUAGGUCGAGUGUACGCAGAGCCGUUGAUCAAAACGCUGGUAGUGUGGGCAGUGCGCGAAGUUCAGCUAGAAGCAGAAGGUUGCGUCGAAGACCUGAAACUACACGUCGCUAUAUCAGUGAAGUUCGCCAACGGAUACAACUUAAAAGUCAAGCCAUCUACGAACUGCUUUUGUGGUGCAAUCUUGUGUUGCUACGUAAGAAUGAUCUCGUACAUGAUCCUCAUUGUUAUCGUGUUUGCCUUGAUGUGGUCGGGAUGGAAGCAAAAAAACAAAAAGUUUAUGGAAAUGGCUAAUCAAUUUCCUGGACCGCAAGCUCUCCCAUUUAUUGGAAAUGCUUUGCGCUUCAUGUGUGAACCUGAAGAAUUAAUUUCGGUAAUCAAAGAGCUGCUGCAAGUCUACGGGGAAGCAUCCAGAUUCUGGCUGGGACCCAAUUUAAACGUCAUAAUUAACAACCCUGAUGAUUUGAAGAUUUUACUGUCAAGCUCCAAAACGAGUACCAAGGGUCCUCAAUACAAAUAUAUGGCUCAUGUACUCGGGGGUGGAAUUCUAAGCGGUUCCGGUGUGACUUGGCGGAAACAUAGAAAAAUAGCAACACCAAAUUACGGGAAAAAAGUUGUAGAUAGCUACGAAAAAAUCUUUAAUGAAGAAGUGCAUCUCCUAUUGAAGAAAUUGCGGAAUAUUCCAAGCGAACAAGAGUUUGAUAUUUAUAAUAAAAUCGUACAGACGACGAGCUAUUGUGUUUGCCAAACCUUGUUAAACUUGAGUAAGGAACAAGUUACUGAAAUACCUCAUCUCCAAGAAAUCAUUGAUUGCACACCAAGAAACUACGAUAUAGUUUUCGACAGAAUGAUAAAAUGGUACCUACAAAUCGACCCCGUGUUUUGGAUGACUAAAUCUUAUCAAGAUCAAAAGCAUUUCGUCGCGUUAAUAACAGAAUUCAGUAAAGCGAUCAUUGAAAAUAGAAAAAGGGAAAUUAAUAAAAUAUACCUUAAUAACGAAGAAUCAAUAAACAGACAGUUAGGUGUGAUAGAUAGAUUCAUAUUGUCUGAAGAGUUAACACAAGAGGAACUUAUCAAGGAAACUUUUACGAUAUUUACUUCUAGUCAAGAAGCAACAGCAAAGAUUUGUUCUUUCGUUUUGUUGAUGAUGGCUUAUCAUCCUAAAUCUCAGGAAAAGCUUUACGAAGAAAUUACUAAAAUAAUCGGUGAUAAAGACAGAUGUGUUACGAACGAAGAUUUCAAACAAAUGCCCUACUUGGAUAUGGUCUUCAAGGAAGUUUUACGUCUUUUUCCAAUUGGUAGCAUGCUGCAAAGGACUAUUAAUGAAAAUAUUCGGAUAAGUUCUGGGACACUACCAGCAGGGUGUUCCUUGGUAGCACCGAUAUAUCAUUUGCAUCGCGACUCUCGUUUCUGGACUAGGCCCGACGAUUUCGAUCCCGAGAGAUUCAAUCCAGUUAAUACGAAGUUGAGACAACCGAACUGCUAUAUUCCUUUUAGUUUAGGACCCAUGGACUGUUUGGGAAGAUACUUCGGUACUAGGUUAGUAAAAAUGAUUUGCGUUCGAGUACUAAGAGAGUUCGAAGUGACAACAUCUAGAACAUACAAGGAUCUCAAACUAUCGAUAGCUAUAUCUGUGUCUCCAUUGGAUGGGUUCCCAGUUAAAUUACAUCCCAGGAAAAUUAAAGAGAAACAGUAAUCUGGUAAAAUGGUAUAAUUACUAAAAAUUGUAAUAAAUUUUUAAGAAAUGGGAUUUCAGAAUAAAAUAUUAAAAUUUAA